AUGCAGGCGAAUACCGGUAAAUCCCCGGAGAAUCCCAGCCAGGACCUCAUUGGAGAUCAGACGUUGCGUGCAUCGCCAGGGGGUCUCCACGCGCCACCAGUUCGAGGGUCACUAUGUGAUGGAUAUGACGUAGAAGGACUCCGGCUUAACGAGCCAGGAGAAGAUGGAGCGGACGAACCUGGUGUUGUGUUGGCUGUGGCUGAAGCAGUACCGGCUGCAGCUGAGAUGCUUGAAGUCGCUACCACUGCUGAUGGAUUACAGUGGCCACAUGUGAAGACGUUGAAGCCACGGCCACCGCAGCUAGUACAGAUUCCACCUCUAGAGAUCUAG